AUGAAGAAUAUUUUCAAAGGCAAAGAUGACAGAGCCAAGAAGUCCACGCCUGAGCCUAUCCCAGCCAAAGUCCCAUCUAAACCACCUGACAAAGGUAAAGCUGAACCUAAGGAAAUGCAACAGGAAAGGACCAAAAAGGUAUGAGCUGUUUUAUGAUUAUUCUUAUCUGAUUAUUUUGCCCAAAAAAGGUUAAAUUUUGAUUCGUAUUUAUUUUACUGAGUUAAUAUUAUGUUUUCAUGCUAUUUUAGGUCUGGUACGUUUGGUCUUACAUUAUUCUUUUCUUUAAAUUUUUGAAAAAUUAGGUAACAAAAUUUUUAUCCUUUAGGUAAGAGCCUGGUUGAUGUCAAUAGUGGACCGCCUAACCCUGAAAUGGACUCCAGAAUCCAGUCAGACUUUGUUCAAGAACGAAGAACUGAUAGAACUGUGCUAUCGUGCACGAGAGACCUUCUGGAUGGAGAACUCUAUGAUAACAUGCAAAAGCCCCAUCAGCAUCGUCGGCGACAUCCAUGGCCAAUUCCAGGAUCUGUUGGCCAUGUUUCGACUGGUCGGUUUCCCACCCAAUCGACAGUUCGUGUUCCUGGGUGAUUACGUUGAUCGAGGACCAUUUUCAAUCGAAGUGAUAACAUUACUGUAUGCUUACAAGGUACUGUACCCCGAUCAGAUUACGUUGCUACGAGGGAAUCACGAAAGUCGACCGGUCAAUAUGCAGUAUGGGUUCUUUUUUGAAUGUAAGAAGAGGUAUUCUAUCGAGCUGUAUGAGGUGUUUCAAUACGCAUUUUACUGUAUGCCAUUCUGUGCACUGGUCGAUAAUUGUGUGUUGUGUAUGCACGGUGGGAUCAGCGAGGAUUUGAGGGAGUUUAAUCAGGUAAUUGGUCAUGGUUUAUAUUGCCUUUGGCUUGAUUUUUGAAAUUUCAAAAAGUUUUAUUAAGUUUUAAAAUUUUUAAGUAAAAAACUAAUUUAAAAAUUUUUGAUUUCUUCAGAUGAAGCGAAUCGACCGCCCCUGUGACAUCCCCGACCUCGGGAUCCUAGCCGACUUGACCUGGGCAGAUCCCGACCCCGAGAUCCAGAUGUACGAAGACUCUCCUCGCGGCGCAGCUCGCGUAUUCGGCGAAGAAGCCCUGGAGUCAUUUUGCAAACAACUAGGCUUAGAGAUGAUAGUUAGAGCUCAUCAAGUCGUCAACGAUGGCUACGAGUUCUUCUGCAACAGGAGGUUGUGCACAAUAUUCUCAGCACCGUUCUAUUGUGGUCAGUUUGAUAACACGGCCGCUGUUAUGAACAUUGAAAAGGGAUUGGUAGGCCUAUAUUUGAGCAUUAUGUUAAAUUUUAUGUUUGAAAUGAACCUUAGGUAAUAGUUUUUGAUAAUAUUAUUGAUUUGUCAUUGUAGGACAUAACUUUCACCCUCUACCGACCACAGAAGCCAGACAAAAAGAAGAGGAAGAAGAAGACCAAGUAG